GUAGAACCAACCUGGCAACUGGAAACGGUCUCGGUUAACGCACGCCCAAUACUUCCCGGUCACUCUGUCUCAUCUAUGCAUGAUAUGGACGGAUCCAUCCGCGCCUGAUAAUUAGUUAAUUACCAAAUUUGAGCAAAGACACGCCGCGGGUAACAACCCCGCCACGAUCUGGUUAUCUAUUGAUAUUAAAAGGGCUGCCAUGGCACCAAUUCUGUUCUCACGGAAAGAUCUCGCUUGUUCAAUAUUUCUAACCUUAGGGAAUCCCCAAGUUGAACACCAGAAUUUGAAAUAUCAUGGGUGAGACUGAGACAUGGGUUGUAGUGGGUGCCUCUCGGGGCAUCGGCCUUGAGUUUGUGAAGCAACUUUUAGAGGGCGGGAAAAGGGUCAUCGCAGCUGUUCGGAGUCCAGCUGGAGCUGAACAGCUCUCAAAGUUAAUUGUGCAUCAAUCAAAACCAGAGCACUGCGUGGUCGAGCAAUGUGAUGUCACAAGUGAGGAGAGCAUCGAUCUAGCCAUGCAAAACGGCACAAAGAUAGCAAAUGUUAUAUUGAACGCGGGUGUGCUGAAGUAUCCAAAUAGGGCGACAGAGCUCACGUACGCAGACUUUGCCCUCCAUUUACACACCAAUACCAUCGGACCCAUCAUUUGCGCCCAGAAACUGGUCAACUUGGACCCUGAAUUUCCUCCAUCAAAGGUGAUAUUCAUCUCUUCCGACUCAGGAUCGACUACGCUCUUCCGAAGCCACGAGGAUGGUUUUGGUGCAUAUGCGGCGAGUAAAAGCGCGCUGAACCAGAUGGUAAGACAUAUGGCCGCGGAGCUGAAGAGGAGUGGUGGAAAGAGAGAAAAUAUAUGCGUUCUCGCAUUGCAUCCAGGCGAAGUACAGACUGAUAUGGCUAAUAUCGACGUUGACUGGGAAGUACAAGGCGUGAUACAGGCUGAUGAAAGUGUGACGGGGAUGCUCAGGAUUAUCGGAGAGAAGGGGCCCGCCGACAGUGGCUCAUUUUGGUGCUGGGAUGGAAGGAGGCAUCCUUGGUGAGGGCAAGCAGACGGCGUGGAGGUACAGAGUCCGGCCGUGGGAAUUAGGGCACUUGAUGCCCAAGACCUAGCAGGCCCCAAAUGGGCAAUUGCAUGCAGCUUGCCCUGUGAACAGGCCCUAAUUGCCACCAGCCACCGCCCACAUGACACCCGAGGAAAU